AUGGGGCGACUGAGGAAGAGGCACAACUGGAAGGGACGGAAGCAGGACGAGACACAUCCACCUCCAGCGGCCAAGGAGGAGGGGAGGACUGUUGUAGUGGAACUCAAAGGUACAACACUCAAGCGCCUGUGGCCCUAUGGCUCUCAAAAUAUGUAGCUACACACGAGGGUAGGGAAGAGAUACACGGUAACUAAGUAUGAAAAUGUAUGCACUCACUACUGUAAGUCGCGCUGGAUAAGAGCAUCUGCUAAAUUACUAAAAUGUAAAACUACUGUUCGUGAGGUUGGUGUUGUAAGGGGUGCGAUUCGUGUGAACUCAUAAUACUCUGUUCCUAAUGUUCCCUGUCCCACAGAUGGGGCCAACCUAAAGGGGUUGGACGAGAGCAAUGCCCUGGUCCUCCCAUCCACUAAAGCCAAGAAGAAGACGAGGGGCAUCGAGAAGGCCCUUACUAAGAAACAGCCCCUUACCAAGAAACAGAGGAAACAUCUACAAAAAGUAUUGGAGGUCAAAGAGAAGAAAGCCAAGGUAACAUGCUCAAUCUGCCUUCUCUGAGCCAGACCAGGUCAGUUUCAGUCAAGUUUAAACUGUGAACUGUGUCAUUUGAAAUAGUUCUGCACAAAAACAUGAAACUACACUAUUCAUCAUCAUCUUCCUCCUUUGACUUCCAGAGAGUAGACAUCCUGGCCAAACUGGCUGAAGUGCAGCUGCCUGACUCUGAACUGAAGCUGCUCUACACCACCUCCAAACUGGGCACAGGAGACAAGCAGUACCAGACAAAACAGUAAGGCAGUGGGACUGUCACGCCAUUGUAGCUGCAUUUGGUUUAGUGAUGCUUUCCAUAAGCUCAGGUUGACUGAUGAACAAUGAUAUUCAGUUGGAGUGAUAGUGGCCUGGUCUACUGUAGGCUUGUGUGUGAUCCUCUGUGGUGUUGUCUCUCUCUCAGGACUCCUGAUGAGGUUGAUGAUGGAGCCUCAGGGCCCAGGAUCAGCAGCCUGAGUGGAGCCAACAGGAAGAGGAAACAAAUAGCACGGGAGGAGGAGGAGGAGGAAGAGGAGGAGAGUAGUGGUUUGGACUCAUCAUCUGAUGAAGAGAUGGAUGAUGGAGGGAUAGGGAAAGGAGGGGUGGAGGCCACUAAUGUCUCAGAAUGUAAAGAGCCAGCCUCCUCCUGUCAGGAGAAAGAGGUGGAGGAGAUGAAAAAGGAAAAGAAAAAGGAGUCAGGCCUAGCCCAGGCUGCCAGUAAAACGCCAUCCGAGCCGGCAAUCUUCAUCUCCGUGGACAGACUGCCAGAGAUACAGGUGUGUGUUUCUUGUGUUGUGUAUUUGUUUCUCGUGAGGUGUGUAUAUUUUUCAUGCACAUUCUAUCUUUGUGUUUUUCUCACUCCAUGUGCGUUUGUUUUUAUUUCUCCUGCUGUGUGUGUGCAUGUGUUUUUGUCCUGCAAUGUGUGUGUAGGAGGCCCGUCUGAGGCUGCCAGUGCUGGCUGAGGAGCAGGUGAUCAUGGAGGCGGUGAGAGAGAACAGUUUUGUGGUUCUGUGUGGAGAGACAGGAAGUGGUAAAACCACCCAGGUACCCCAGUUCCUGUACGAGGCUGGAUACGCCAGGUAACACACUCCCUGCUCUUCUUUUUCUCAGCUUCACUCCAUCUUAUCCACCACUUAUCUUUUUGUAUAUUUAUUUGGAAGCCUCCUUUCACUCCACUAAUACAUCAUAAUAUCUAUCUUUAUCAAUUUCCCUCCUGUUUCUAUCCAGUGGCACUGGAAUCAUUGGUGUGACAGAGCCUAGGAGAGUGGCAGCUGUCAGUAUGUCCCACAGAGUGGCCAAAGAGAUGAACCUGUCCACACGGUACCCACACACACACACACACACAAUGGUUAGUGUGUGAAUUUCAUUUCCAUUUGUGUUUGGUUGUGUCUACUGAGGCUCUGUGUGUGUUUGAUUGUGUCUGUUGUUAGGGUGGUGUCGUACCAGAUCCGUUAUGAGGGGAACGUGACUAGUGACACCAAGAUCAAGUUCAUGACAGACGGAGUCCUGCUGAAGGAGAUUCAGAAGGUAAUCUCUCCUUACUCUCCAGCCUUCCCUUCCCAUUUUCUGUCCGUCCCCCUCCCUACCUAUCUGCCCUCCCCCCAUGUUUUUCCAUCUUUAUUGUAUGACUCCAUUAUAUCAGUCUAUUUGCCCCAGUCACCCCAUUUCCUUUAUUGCACUACUUUUGACCAGAGCCUUAAGUAGUGCACUAUUAUUCCCCUAUUCCCUAUAUAGUGCACUACUUUUGACCAGGACCCAUAGUGCACUACUGUAUAGGGUGCCAUUUGAGACGGAGCCUAAGUCUGUCUCUCUCUGAUGUAGGACUUCCUGCUCCAGAGGUACAGUGUGAUCAUCAUAGAUGAGGCCCAUGAGAGGAGUGUGUACACAGACAUCCUGAUAGGCCUGCUGUCACGCAUCGUACCACUCAGAAACAAGGUCAGACAGACGGGGUUAAUUUUUUGUUGUUAUUUAAAAGAAACAUUGACAUGACUCGGGGUUCCUGACUCCUUGAGCAUGUUAUUUAAUACAUGCACAACUGUUAUGUAAAGAUUUAUAAACUAUUUACUUAAUGGAAACUCUACAUUUAAUAAUAAUUUAUAAGCAGACUUCUCUACCCAACUUGCUGUUGUCCUUAUUUUUCCUUACCCUGUUGUUUCCUGUGUGUGUCACACAGAAAGGCCUCCCCAUGAAGCUGAUAGUGAUGUCAGCUACUCUGCGUGUGGAGGACUUCACAGAAAACAGGAAGCUGUUUCCUACUCCUCCUCCUGUCAUCAAGGUGGAGGCUCGUCAGUUCCCUGUAAGCGUCCACUUUAACAAACGUACUCCUCUGGAGGACUACACUGGAGAGGUGUUCCUCAAGACCUGUAAGAUCCACCGCAUGUUGCCCCCUGGGGGUAUCCUGGUGUUCCUAACGGGCCAGGCUGAGGUCCACUCUGUCUGCCGGAGACUGAGGAGGGCCUUCCCUUUCAGGAGGGGCAACCCAGCUACUGGUAAGUUUUACACACACACACACACACACACACACACACACACACACACACACACACACACACACACACACAUUGUCUUUACACAGUGUAAAAUGUAUGACUAUGUGUUCUGAUAAGGUGAGGGAGAGGUGACAACAGACACCUCAGAUGAGAUGAAGAAGUUUAAGAAAGCCAAACAUAAGAAAACUGUGGUACGUACUACUUACUUACUGUCACUGUUGAACAGGUGUGAAGUGUGUGAGUGAAUGUUUCAACGCCGUGUGUGUGUGUUUUGUUUCUGUGUGUGAGUAGUCCCUGCCCCGUAUUGACCUGGAUAACUACUCAGCGUUGCCGGUGGAUGAGGGGGAUGAGGACCGUCUGGCGGGGAUAGAUGAUGAGCAGGGGUCAGACCUGGAACUAGGAGACGACGCUGCAGACACCGGUAAGAGAAAAGGGCUAGGUGUGUGUUGCCUUAGAGCUCUUUUUCCUUCUUUUUUUUUCUCACCUUUAUUUAACCAGGUAAGCCAGUUGAGAACAAGUUCUCAUUUACAACUGCAACCUGGCCAAGAUAAAGCAAAGCAGUGCGAUUUAAAAAAAACAACAACAACACAGAGUUACAUAUGGGGUAAAACAAAACAGUCAAAAAUACAACAGAAAAUAUAUAUAUAUAUACAGUGUGUGCAAAUGUAGCAAGUUAUGGAGGUAAGGCAAUAAAUAGGCCAUAGUGCAAAAUAUUUACAAUUUAGUAUUAACACUGGAAUGAUAGAUGUGCAAGAGAUGAUGUGCAAAUAGAGAUACUGGGGUGCAAAUGAGCAAAAUAAAUAACAAUAUGGGGAUGAGGUAGUUGAGUGGGCUAAUUACAGAUGGGCUGUGUACAGGUGCAGUGAUCGGUAAGGUGCUCUGACAACUGAUGCUUAAAGUUAGUGAGGGAGAUAAGAGUCUCCAGCUUCAGAGAUUUUUGCAGUUCGUUCCAGUCAUUGGCAGCAGAGAACUGGAAGGAAUGGCGGCCAAAGGAGGUGUUGGCUUUGGGGGUGACCAGUGAGAUAUACCUGCUGGAGCGCAGACUAUGGGUGGGUGUUGCUAUGGUGACCAAUGAGCUAAGAUAAGGCGGGGAUUUGCCUAGCAGUGAUUUAUAGAUGACCUGGAGCCAGUGGGUUUGGCGACGAAUAUGUAGUGAGGACCAGACAACAAGAGCUCUCAGGUGUGUAUCCUUGAUUCAUAUGUUCUCUCUUUCUUUCUGUGUCUGUAGAGAAGGCAGACCCGUCCCUCCCUCUCUAUGUCCUCCCCCUCUACUCUCUCCUGGCUCCAGAGCAGCAGGCCAAGGUAAGACGGGCCACUUGGCACAACAAACCUACACUAGAUGAAGUGAUAUCAUUGCAUUAAUACAUGGAUCUGUGUCUGUCUGUGCAAGCUUGCAUGUGAGCUUGUCCUUGUGCUCAUGCUUAUUGUGUGUUUCUAAUCUUUGUGUGUGUCCAGGUGUUCCGGCCCCCUCCCCCUGGUGCACGUCUGUGUGUCGUAGCUACCAACGUAGCAGAAACCUCUCUAACCAUCCCGGGGAUAAAGUAUGUGGUCGACUGCGGUCGGGUCAAGAAGCGCUUCUACGACCGCGUCACAGGGGUCUCCUCCUUCAAGGUCUCCUGGACCUCACAGGCAUCAGCCAAUCAGAGGGCAGGCCGGGCAGGCCGUACCGAACCUGGACACUGCUAUAGGUCAGACCUGGAAAGGGGUGUUUAAUUGUUAAAGUAAAUGCUUUCUCACCUCAUUUUUAACCUCUUCAGUCAUUUCUAACAGAUACAAUUGAAUGUGCAAUGACUGUGUGUGCCAGGCUGUACUCAUCAGCGGUGUUUGGAGACUUCAGUCUGUUCUCUGAGGCAGAGAUAACCCGCAGGCCAGUUGAGGACCUGGUACUACAGAUGAAGGACCUUAACAUAGACAAGGUCAGAGAAAUAACACAUUAUUGAUUGAUGCUUUAAAGAUAGGGAGAAAGUCUUCCUGUGAAUUUAGUCAGACACUAGCUAAUGGUGUGUUCCUAAUGGUGUGUUCCACUGCGCCAACUCCCGAGUGGCGCAGUGGUCUAAGGCACUGCAUCGCAGUGCUAGCUGUGCCACUUGAGAUCCUGGUUCGAAUCCAGGCUCUGUCGUAGCCGGCCGCGACCGGGAGACCCAUGGGGCGGCGCACAAUUGGCCCAGUGUCGUCCGGGGUAGGGGAGGGAAUGGCCGCCAGGGAUGUAGCUCAGUUGGUAGAGCAUGGCGUUUGCAACGCCAGGGUUGUGGGUUUGUUUCCCACGGGGGGCCAGUAUGGAAAUAAAAUAAUGUAUGUAUGCACUCACUAACUAACUGUAAGUCGCUCUGGAUAAGAGCGUCUGCUAAAUGACUAAAAUGUAAAUGUGUUCAGGUUGUAAACUUCCCAUUCCCCACUACUCCCUCGGCUGAGGCACUGGUGGCAGCAGAACAGUUACUGGUUUCACUGGGAGCACUAGAGGAGCCGCCACGCACCGGACGGUAAGCGGUUAAACCUGACUCACUUUACCUCACACUUCACCCCCCAUACCUCACCCUUCGCUCAACCUACCUCACUGCUCACAAACUCACUUCUCAGCAGGUAUAUCUGUAGUCCCCUCUUCAGAUCCUCUACCCCACUAUUCCCUCCUGCAGCCCACCCACCAAUCAAUCAAUCCAUUUCUCUAUAUCUGCUGUAGGGUGAAGGAGAUGGAGCGAGCGCGUCUGAGCUGUCCCAUCAGCCCCCUGGGCAGGGCGAUGGCGUCAUUCCCUGUGUCACCGCGCUACGCUAAGAUGCUAGCGCUAGGGAAGCAGCAGGACUGUCUGCCUUACGUCAUCGCUGUGGUGGCCGCGAUGACGGUCCGGGAGAUCUUUGAGGAUCUGGACAGGUGGGGGGCAGAGAGAGUAGAGGAAAUGUGUGCUUAUAGGAUUAUUCUGAAAUACAUAGACAUUAGACUAGCAUGUGUUUCUGAUCAAACACAGGGUUUUGGUUCCAUUACUUAUUUUGAAAUGCAUAUUUAAACAAGAUCCUAAUGUGUUUGCAUCUCUACAUUCUCUCUCCACCAUCUCUAUUGGUAUCCUCUCCACCAUUGUCCCCUGGUCCAGACCUGCUGGUAGUGAGGAUGAGAGCUCCAGGCUGGCCCAGCGUCGAGCCCGGCUGGCCCAGAUGAGGAGGCUGUGGGCUGGGCAGGGAGCCUCUCUACUGCUGGGGGACCUCAUGGUCCUGCUGGGUAAGGCUGGAGUGUGAGCGUAUGAGGGUGUUGUGUUUUUCUUUGUGUGUGUUCUGUACUACAUGUGUCUGUGUUAAAGUAUUAUGGGUUACCUCAGGUGCUGUGGGUGCGUGUGAGUUUGCCGGCUGCACUCUUAAAUUCUGUGAGGAGAAUGGACUGAGGUAUAAAGCCAUGCUGGAGAUCAGACGACUUAGAGGACAGCUCACCAAUGCAGGUACACACACACACACACACACACACACACACACACACAGAGAGACACAGAGCGACACACACUCACACUCUGUCCUCUCCUUCCCUAGUGAACUCGGUGUGUCCAGAAGUAGGUGUGUUUGUGGACUGUAAGAUGGCUCCGCCCACUGAGAGCCAGGUGGUGUGUUUACGUCAGAUAGUGCUGGCGGGACUGGGAGACCACCUGGCCAGACGGGUACAGCAAGAGGAACUACUAGACCCAAAAUGGAGGAAUGGAUACAAGGUGAGUUCUCCUAUAACAUUAGAUAAUAAUAAUAAUAAUAUGCCAUUUAGCAGACGCUUUUAUCCAAAGCGACUUAGUCAUGCGUGCAUACAUUUUUGUGUAUGGGUGGUCCCGGGGAUCGAACCCACUACCUUGGCGUUACAAGCGCCGUGCUCUACCAGCUGAGCUACAGAGGACCACAGAUCCUCACUGAUCGAAGAGAUUUAUUUUUUUAUCUUUGUGUGUUUCUUAGUCUCAUUUGUGAUCCUGCUUGUUGAUAGUGUUUUUGAGUUGUGUUGUCUCUUUCUCUGUUUCAGACCCCACUCCUAGAUGAGCCUGUCUACCUCCACCCCUCCUCAGCCCUGUUUAAAACCCUACCUCAGUUUGUGGUCUAUCAGGAGGUCUUGGAGACCACCAAGAUGUAUAUGAGAGGUAGGUGAAACACUUCCACUGAUAUAGUACAGCUUAAUGUCAUCAGUAUUCCAUUAUUCCAACAGCUGUUAACUAGGGAGACUUGUCUCUCAGGUGUGUCAGCGGUAGAACCAGAGUGGGUUCCCCAGCUCCUCACCCAGUACUGCCACUUUGGAUCUCCUCUGGAGACUCCAUCACCAUGGCUCUGUGCAUCUACAGGCAGGGUCAAAUGCCGCUGUACCAGCACCUUUUGUGAGUCUGCUCUACACCACGCCUGUCUUUGUCACGUUCAGUAAUAGUGUCUCUCUGACCUCAAUCUUUCCUAAAUUCCCUGCAUCCUCUCUCGUUGCCUCCUCAAAACGCAUUGGGGAAGGUCUGAGGGGAGGGACCUUGGACCUUCUCUAAUACAGUAGAAAAGGAGGUGAGGAGAAUCACGGAAAGACAGAUUGAGCCUAACACUCUAUUCCCUGUAUCUCGCUCUAGUCCGAUGUGGCUGGCAGCUUCCUGCUAUAGAGAUGGAUUACCCAGAUGGCCUGGAGCGAUACAAACUGUUUGCCAGGUUCCUUCUGGAAGGACAGGUACUGAAUGCACUGGCUGCAUCCCAAAGGGAACCCUUUUCCCUAUAAAGUGUACUAUAUAGUGUCAGAUCAGGCAGUACAGUACAGAUCUCUGGGACAAACUUGGUUUAGAUGGUGUAAAACAGGUUGACUGCACUCAAGUGGAACCUUUUCAUUUGUGUUUCAGGUCUGCCCUAAAUUGAAGCAGCACAGCAGUUAUCUUCUCUCAAACCCUUCCAUCAUGAUGAAGACCUGGGCAAAGUGAGCCAAGCGUUCCUUACACUACAGCACAUAGGAGGGUCUGUCUGUGUUAAUACUUAAUGUUGUUGUUCCUCUGUCUGUAAGACUCCAGCCCAGGACUGAGGCUCUGCUGGGAGCUCUGGUGUCAGAGAGAGUGGACUGCAGAGACGUACUGCUCUCAUCCUGGAAGAACAACGACAAAUGUACGCAUCUGUGUCAUUUCAAUGAGAGAGACUGUCAAAUGUGUGAAAUUGUUGAACAUUAUUUUGUUCUCUAUUCUAAUUUUCUCCUUCUCUCCGUCCAGUCCUCUUGUCUGCGUACUGCCAGUGGAUCCCUGAAGCUAAACACGAAGAUGUGGCCAAGAGCUGGCCUCCCAUCUAACACAGAGGACACUGAUACCAGCUCUGCUGCCUGCCAAGCACCCUAGGCCAAACCAGCCAUACCAACACAGUGCCGUUAACACAACCUCAUAACCCAUAGCAUGGAGCCAGUUACCCAUACCUCAGCCAGCCACAACACACAGGACCUUUUGGCUGUUCUGUACAGAACUGUUCAGGGGAAGGACAAUUCUUUCACUUGGACCAUAUGUCCUUCUCUGGUUGUGCUUUGAUGGAUUUUUAAGACUAAUUCUUUGUGCUGGUCUGAAUCUGAUGAUUUAGAAUGAGAUUUGAUCAGUGUUGGACAGAAUGAAAAUCCAAAUUCGAUGUGGACCUCUUUUUGAAGAUGAAGCCUGACUCUCGCCACACAGUUGACACUGUGAAAAUAAAGGCUUAAUUUUUUUUGGAUGUAAGUACAUUUAUUAUUGUGCUUGCUGAAGUUUCU